AUGUCAUCGCUUCCGGUAGAUCCUCCUCUGCCCACUCCUCAAGCAUCGCAACCUUCUCAAGGGGAGAACAGUGGAGAACACUCCUUUGAGCAGCCCACUCCCAGUACGUCGCAGACAUCGCAACAAAUGGCGACCACCAACGAGCAAAAUUUCAAUUCAUGUACCAAACGUGAACCAUCCGAAUCUCCUGCUGGAAAUCAUGUAGCGCCAGUUUACCAGGCUGUGAAGCAAGGUCCAGAAGAGGAACAGUGGCAUGACGUAGGCAUAAUCAAGGGGACGUCAUGCCUUGUUACUCAUUACUUUUUGCCUGGCGAGCAAUCACUGGAAAGCACAUUUGGGAACGACUUCGACGUCGGUAUGCAUGCAGGACAGGUCAACUUCCUUCGUAAAGCGGAAUUGGAGCCCGGGACAGCUUAUCGGUUCAGAAUAGCUGGUAUUAACUCUAUCGGGCGAGGAAAUUGGAGUGAAAUCUCGGCUUUCAAGACAUGUCUUCCUGGCUUCCCUGGAGCUCCAUCUUCAAUCAAAAUAACAAAAGGACAAGAAGGUGCCCAGUUGACCUGGGAACCACCCCAGAACGUUGCAGGCCGGAUUUCUGAAUACAGCGUUUACUUGGCUGUUCGCAACACAUCGGGAACCAGUGACAAUCAGCUUGCAUUCAUGAGGGUAUACGUCGGAGUUGAUCCUGAAUGCAUCGUGAACCAAUCUAGUCUAGCCGCAGCAUUCGUCGAUCAGAGCGCAAAACCAGCCAUUAUCUUCAGGAUAGCUGCAAGAAACGAAAAGGGCUAUGGACCAGCUACUCAAGUACGGUGGCUACAAGAUCAAAAGCCAGCCAUGGCCCCAACCAUUACUGCACCGAAUGCUGCAGCGCGAUACCCGGUUGGCUACUACUCACAACCGAAACGACAUCGCUUGGAUCAAUUAUGA